AGAAUUUGUGCUAUGGCAGUGGCGUGUCAUUCUCAAGAAGUACUGCUGCUGCAUUGAAGCGGGGUAGGCUUUCUCAGAUAAAAAGUUCAUAAGCCCAACCAAAAUCAUGAUCUCAACGCGAUCUUUUCACAUACGAACUUCCACUACCAGCAUUCAAACUCAAUAUGCCACAAAAGGGAGGCAAAGCCGCGAAACUGUGGUCGCUCCAUCCAAAGCUUCAUGAUGACGUCGCACGCUUGUUAGACGAGGAAGGGCUUCAGCUAGACUUCUUUGACGUCGAUGAUGAAGAUACCAACAUUGAGGAACGUGACACGAACGUUAUGGGUCGAUUCAUAUGUCAAAAUCGCAGAUGUUAUUCUAGCGGCUGGUCGAGCAAAAAGAUUGCGAUUACAAUUCGCAUGUACUCCCAAGAGCGAUAUAAUGCGCGAGUGUAUCAUCAACGAUGCAGAAAUUGUCAAGCCGUGGGUCGACUGAUCCUAGAUUCCGAGUGCUAUGCGGAAAGAGUGACAUAUUGGCUCAAAAGAUGGAAUGGACUGAAGGUACAGCGACCAAAUUAUUCUGGCCAGAGCAGAGGUCCGCAUGAUAGUGAGCUGUGUGAAGGGUGUAGAGUUGGCCAUUGUCCCAACUCGAAUGAAGAUUUAGCCUCGGUCCUGGCUAGUUUAUCUAUCUGAGGUCUGCACAACCGAGCAUUCGUCACUGGUACGCAGGUUACCUUCGAUCGAAAUACCUGGGCCACUUCUCCAG